CGGAAACCCAACGAAAGAGCAACUUUCCGGCCUGGAUUUUACCUUGGACUCUGGGAGCUGUUUGGCAGCACCAGCAAUAUCCCAAAAUGCCUGUUGUUAAUGUGGAUGAUCUCGUCCGUCUGCAACGGAGGCCCGAUGACAUCCGCAAUAUCUGCAUUCUCGCCCACGUCGAUCACGGUAAAACAUCCUUGACAGAUAGUCUGAUCGCCACCAAUGGCAUCAUCUCACCGAAGCUGGCGGGCAAGAUCCGUUAUCUGGAUUCCCGUCCAGACGAGCAGCUCCGUGGAAUCACCAUGGAGUCUUCUGCCAUUUCGCUUUUCUUCUCCAUGAUGCGCCGUCCUGCCCCCGACGCUGCGCCCGUGGCGAAAGAGUACCUGAUCAAUCUGAUCGACUCGCCGGGCCAUAUCGAUUUCAGCAGUGAAGUGUCGACCGCAUCCCGUCUUUGUGAUGGUGCCGUGGUGCUUGUGGAUGCCGUAGAGGGCGUCUGCAGUCAGACCGUCACGGUGCUGCGUCAAACCUGGGUGGAGCAAUUGAAGCCCAUCCUUGUCAUUAACAAGAUCGAUCGACUGGUCACGGAGCUGAAGAUGAGUCCCAGCGAGGCUUACUCCCAUAUGAGCAAGCUGCUGGAGCAGGUCAAUGCCGUCAUUGGUAGUUUCUACCAGGGUGAACGGAUGGAGGAGGAUCUUCAAUGGCGAGAGCGCAUGGAGGAGCGUGCUAAUGAAUCUGCGGCUCGCUCCAAGAAGCAGGAGCAGGAUGACGAGCCUACGGCCGAGUAUGAGGAAAAAGACGAUGAAGAUCUUUACUUUGCACCAGAGAAGAACAACGUCAUCUUCUGUAGUGCUGUCGAUGGCUGGGCUUUUACAAUCCGUCAAUUUGCCGCGAUUUACGAAAGAAAGCUCGGAAUCAAGCGCACUGUCCUCGAAAAGGUGCUCUGGGGAGAUUACUAUCUCGAUCCCAAAACGAAGCGAGUCCUGGGUUCGAAGCACUUGAAGGGUCGUGCGUUGAAGCCCAUGUUCGUUCAGCUUGUCUUGGACAGUAUCUGGGCGGCAUACGAGGCUACAACAGGCACAGGCACAGGAAAGGGUGACCCGGCUUUGUUGGAAAAGAUCACCAAGUCCCUGAACAUCAACAUUCCGCAAUACAUCCUGCGCUCACGCGAUCCUCGCAAUAUCAUGACCACGCUGUUCUCGAUGUGGCUGCCUUUGUCUACUGCCGUGUUGGUGUCUGUCAUUGAAUAUCUUCCUAGUCCGCCAACGGCUCAAGCAGCUCGGUUGCCAGCGAUGAUUGAAGAAUCUCCUGGCUCCCAGUUCGUGGAUCCCAAAGUGAAGGAUGCUAUGGUCAACUUCAAGACCCAAAAAGAUGAGCCUGUCAUUGCCUACGUCAGUAAAAUGAUGUCCAUCCCGGAGAGCGAGCUGGGAUCGAGCAAGAAGCGAGCUGGUGGCACCAUGUCGGCCGACGAAGCUCGGGAGAUUGCUCGCAAGAAGCGAGAGGAGAUCGCCAAAAUGCAGGCAGAAGCCAACGGCGACCAGACAGAUGAGUAUACUCGCAUAACAUCCGCCUUUGAAAGGACGACCAUAUCAGAUGAUCAACCGGCCGAGAGCGAGGAGAAGGAUGACCCUGAACAUCUCAUUGGAUUUGCCCGUCUAUACUCCGGAACCCUCUCAGUGGGAGACUCGGUGUACGUCCUGGCACCCAAGUUCUCGCCGGAGAGCCCGCAUGCCAGCCCGGUACCCCAGAAGGUUACCGUCACCGAUCUCUACCUCCUCAUGGGCCGCAGCUUCGAACCUCUCCAGUCGGUACCGGCAGGUGUCGUCUUCGGCAUUGGCGGUCUCGCAGGCCACGUUCUCAAGACGGGCACUCUGUCCUCGCAGCUCGAGGGCAGCAUCAACUUGGCUGGUGUCUCUCUCAACACGCCACCCAUCGUGCGAGUCGCCCUAGAGCCCGUGAACCCAGCAGACCUCAGCAAGAUGGUAACUGGUCUACGUCUCCUCGAGCAAAGCGACCCUUGUGCGCAGUACGAGGUUCUCCCCAGCGGCGAGCACGUCAUCCUGACCGCCGGUGAAUUGCAUCUCGAGCGUUGUAUCAAGGAUCUUCGCGAACGCUUUGCCAAGUGUGAAAUCUCAACCGGUCAGACCAUCGUACCCUACCGGGAAACCAUCAUCAGCGCCCCCGAAAUGGCAGCUCCCAAGAACCCCGAGCUCGGACGAGGCGGCGUCCAGACCACCUCCUCAUCCAAGCAACUGACCAUGCGCCUCCGCGUGGUUCCGCUCCCCGAAGCCGUCACGGACUUCAUCUCCAAGCACGUGGGAACCAUCAAGCGCCUGCAAACCGAGAAGCGCACAGCAGCCGAGACCCAGUCCAGCGAGGGAGAACAAUCCACCAACGGAACCACCACGGCCGAAAGCUCCCAGCAAAUGGAAGCCAGCGACGCCACCGGCGAGGCCCGCGAAGCAACCUCCCUCUCCCUGAAGGACUUCAAGCAAGAACUGGCCAAGCUGUUCGAAGACGAAUCAACCGACGACAAGGGACGCUGGAAGGACGUCGUCGAGCGGAUCACAGCCUUUGGCCCACGACGCGUUGGACCCAACAUCCUGAUCGACGCAACAGAGGUCAACACCUGCGAGAAAUUCCUCCUCGAACCCCACCAACAACAACCCCAAAUCAACACCGACACCAGCACCCGCGAAGCCCUGAUGGUCCGCGACCUCAGCGACAAGAUCGCGCACGCCUUCCAACUCGCAACCGGCCAAGGUCCUCUCUGCCAAGAACCCAUGCAAGGCAUCGCCGUCUUCCUCGAAUCCGUGUCCAUCAACACCACCACCACCGACGAGGACCUCGACCUAGGCCGUCUAACCGGCGAAGCCAUCCGUCUCGUCCGCGACAGCAUCACCCAGGGAUUCCUCGACUGGAGCCCUCGAAUCAUGCUAGCCAUGUACAGUUGCGAGAUUCAAGCCUCGACGGAAGUCCUCGGUCGCGUCUACGGCGUAAUAACCCGCCGCCGCGGCCGUAUCCUCUCCGAAGUAAUGAAAGAAGGCACACCCUUCUUCACCAUCCUAUCCCUACUACCCGUGGCAGAAUCAUUCGGCUUCGCGGAAGAAAUCCGUAAGCGGACGUCGGGGGCAGCGCAGCCUCAAUUGAUCUUUGCGGGCUUUGAGGCGCUCGAUGAAGAUCCGUUCUGGGUUCCGGCGACGGAGGAGGAAUUGGAGGAUUUGGGUGAGUUGGCGGAUAGGGAGAAUGUGGCGAAGAGGUAUAUGGAUAAUGUGCGACGGAGGAAGGGGUUGGUUGUGCAGGGGAGGAAGUUAAUUGAUGCGGAGAAGCAGAAGACGUUGAAGAAGUAGUAGUUCUUCUCUUUCAUCGAAUUUUUGUUUGGG